AUGCCGAAAGGACGUCGCAUGAAUGCAAGUGCUUCUUUUGACGAGACUGUGGUGGCUGAAACACGGCCCGUGAUGCAGGUUGGAUUUGGGGACGACUUAGUUCCUAAGUUCAGUGGCCAAGACAAAAUCUACGCUGUCUCGAGGUGGAUUCAAGACGUGGAGGACAAUGCUGAGAUACUGCAGUGGACUCCGUUGCAACAACUUAUUGUCGCGAGAAGAUCGUUGGUGGGCACCGCGGCGCUAUGGCUGAAAUCAGAGCGGCCUUUCAAGACGUGGGACGAGAUGAAACAAGCGUUAGCCAAAGAAUUUCCGGAUUCCAUAGAUCAAAAAACACUACACGAAACCAUGGCCAGCCGUAAGAAACAUGAAGACGAGAGCUGCCUCGAUUACCUUCUCGUCAUGAAGGAGUUGGGCAAACGCGGCAGGAUGGCGGACUACGUGGCCAUAAAAUACAUCAUAGAAGGCAUACAAGACGCAGAAUGCAAUAAGAUUAUGUUGUAUGGGGCGACCACGUACCCCGAACUCAAAGAAAAGUUACGUAUAUACGAGGUGGUAAAAGAAAAACUUAAGAUAGAAGGUGCUACCAGAAGACCUAGGGAACCUAUGACGCAUACAAGACUGCCCAGACUGCCUGCGCUGAGAUGCUACAACUGUGGAGAGAGAAACCAUCACUCUAGAGAAUGCCCGCAUCAACAUCUUGGGCUAAAAUGUUUUAAGUGUAAUGGUUUUGGGCAUAUCGCGACGAGUUGCAAUGUCCAGCCACGCCAGCCAGAGGGGGCGUCGCAAUCGGCACAAACUUCAACAAGCGGAAUCUACGGCGGCCAAUCAGAUGCAAGAACUAGCCGUCCAAACUUCCGGGGACAACAGUCAUUCCGGCAGGUUGGCAACAAUGGCGGCGGAGAGACGCGACAACUUCAAGGUGGACCAAGACGGACGAUGUUCGCAGCGGAAAAUCAAGAUGCGACGACAGAGGGCAGCACCUACGCAAACAUGGCGGAUACGAGGAGCAAUGGCGUGCCGAUCGAUAUGUCAAUCGAUCACAUUGACAGACGUUUGACAACUGACAGCAAUGAGGUUAUGUUGAACGUAAACAAAGAUGUUUCAAACACGACGAAGGAAAUAUGGUUGAAAAAACCCGAAAAAGACGUGAAGAUUAUGGAAAAUAUGGCAAGUGCACUGAUCGACACGGGCAGCGAAGUGAAUUUAAUGUCGGAAACGUUCUACAACACAAUCGGAUGUCCCAAAUGUGAUGAAGAAAUACUUGCGUUGUCGGGACUUGGACAAAUGAAAGUGCAUUCUAUGGGAAAGUUGACGGUUCCAGUGAUUAUUGAUGGACACGAAUAUCACAAAGUUUCAUUCCAUGUCGUUUCUAAAGACUCUAUGCCGUAUAAGUUAAUAAUAGGACAAGACUUUUUACAAAAUGUGACAAUGUUAAUGAAUGAAGGGAACAUAAUGUUAUUGCCGUCGAGUGAGGAUUGGUUGCGCAAUAUUUCAUGUUUUGUUUCAGAUAGCAUUUAUGAUAUAGGUUGUGAGGCUAGCCCAGCCAUCCAACAACAGGUGCAGGGUUUGGUAGAAGGCUACCAACCAAUGAAGACGAAGGAUGCUCCCAUUCAACUGCGUAUUAUACUGAAGGACGACAUACCUGUGGCUCAGCGACCAAGACGGCUGGCCAUCAGUGAACAAGAAGAAGUUGAAAGGCAGAUUGAACAGUGGCUCAAAGAUGGAAUAAUUCAGCUCAAACUGAAAGACAGGCCGUAGAGCGGCUGCAAGAAGUACUGCAAGUAG